AUGAACUUCGAAGAUCCUCGCCACCUCGCAGCCGCUGCUCAGAAAGUGAGGGCAGAAUACCUUAAAGGCGCCCACACCGCCUCAAUCUCCUCCCAGCAAGCCGCAAUCAACAGAGAUGAUCCUGUAAAAGGCCCCCUUUGGGUCAGCAAGUUCACAACCCCCAAACCGAUCAGGGACACCUCCCGAGACUUGCUUAUAUCCCUUAUUGACGAGGCAAAUGACAAGAACAUCUCCUACGAUCGUCCAGAUUCAACUCCUCUUUCUUUCGAGUGGACAGGUUUCCGCAGCAAUGUCAACAAAGACGCCCCUGAGCCGCCCCUAGGUGAGGACGAAAAGUUCGAAAAGCUCAAGGCGGAGACCAAAAGCCCUCUGGCAAUAUUCUACAUCUAUGGAGGUUCUUUUGUGUUAAACACUCCGUCCAACUAUCGGAAGACAGCAGGUUUGUUGGCUCAGUCCACCGGGUCUAAGGUGUUGAUGGUGCACCAGCGUCUGGCACCGCAGAACCCAUUUCCUGCUGCCUUACUGGAUGUGUUCCAGGCCUACCUCACUCUCCUGGCACCACCUCCAGGAUCCCCGCAUAAAGCCAUCCCGCCAUCUUCGAUAGUGUUGGCAGGAGAUAGUUCGGGUGCUUGUCUGGCCCUGAGUCUAGUACAGAUUCUACUGCGGCUGAUAAGGAAGAACGCGUCCGUAACAUUCCACGGACAGGACAUUCCGCUCGCCGUACCAGCUGGCGUGGCAGCGGUUAGUGCGGUGGCCGAUCUUACGAAUGCAUUCCCCUCCUUCGAUCGCAAUGCCUUCUGUGAUAUCUUUCCAGUGCCUAUUGAGAAACUUCCCUAUCUUCAGAAGAGCUUUCCUACCUGCCCCGCCUGGCCGACUAACCCACCCCGCGCCAACCUCUACUGUGAAGCAGGCAUGCUAGCACAUCCUCUAGCUAGCCCAGUUGCGUCAGAAGACUGGACAGGGUCGUGUCCGAUAUGGAUCGCAUCUGGCCAGGAGCAGAUAAUAGAUGCCUCCAAGCUCUUGAUACAGACAGUUCAUGCACAGGGGGUGUCUGCUACAUUGCAGGAGUACGAAGCCAUGCCGCACACAUUUUUCUUUUUCUUCCGGCAGGCGCCGCAGACUCGCAAGCUUUUUCAGGACUGGGCGAAAGCAAUUGUUGGUUUGGCGAAGGGAGAAAAGCCGCGUUCCAGCGCUUCGUUCAUCUGCGCGAAAGGGCUGGUCGCCAAGCCAAUGGAUGUGGAAAAUUUGGUGCCAUACACAGUGGCCGAGGCAAAGGAGUUUAUGUGGAAGAAGACCGUCGGUUACAAAGUGCCUGCGUUCCACAAAAGGAACCAAUCGACGUUGUAG